AUGGCCGAUGGAAGGCAUCACCAUAGCCGGCGGGCGCCAACCACCGACGCCUACGAUGCUAACAAGCUCACCCACGCGUUCGAGCAGCUGAUGCGCGGGAAGAGAUUCGAUCGCCUGAUGGAACAAUCGCGCUCUUCUCGCUCACAAUCUCCAUCGCCCUCACCCUUUCGGUCGCAACCGCCCCAUCCCUCGCAAGCGUCCCCCCUACCACCACACAACACGCAACCACAGCCAUCAUCACAAUCGCCCGCGCUACGCAAUCUCCCAAUCGUUCCGUACCCCCCGCAAGACCAAAACGCAUUCAAAUUCCGCAAUCUUCUACAUGUCCUCUCCGUAACGCCAACGAAGUACGAAAAUCCUGGUCUUCUGGAUGAGGCUCUGUCUGUGAUUCCGCUUGACAAGCUGUACUCGGAAGCAGACGAGGAGUGCCAGAUAAUUCAAGCUCAAGCACGGAGUCUCAAGAGAAAGCCUGAAUGGGGCUACCAGGAUUGUGUCAUCCGCGCAUUAUUAAGGUGGUUCAAGCGGUCUUUCUUCCAAUGGGUCAAUAACCCCCCUUGCUCGCGAUGCAUGACACCUACAAUUGCCCAAGGCAGAGCCCCGCCCACGCCGGAUGAGGCCGCCCGCGGCGCCACUCGAGUCGAGUUGUACCGAUGCGCAGAACCUACUUGUGGCGCCUACGAACGUUUCCCUCGCUACUCCGAUGUAUGGCAGUUAUUACAGACUCGACGGGGCCGCGUCGGUGAAUGGGCAAACUGCUUCAGCAUGUUCUGCCGAGCACUUGGUGGCCGGGUACGCUGGGUGUGGAACUCGGAGGAUCAUGUGUGGACCGAAGUCUAUUCCGAGCACCAGAAGCGAUGGAUUCAUGUAGACGCAUGUGAGGAGGCAUGGGAUCAGCCCCGUCUCUAUGCUGAAGGAUGGGGUCGCAAAAUCUCUUAUUGCAUUGCUUUCUCCAUCGACGGUGCAACAGAUGUCACUCGACGAUAUGUUCGGAGCCCAGCCAAGCAUGGAGCACCCCGAUCGCGUGUGCCGGAGGAAGUGCUUGCUUGGGUCAUCCAGGAAAUCCGGAAGAUGCGUCGCGAAAACCGACCCAAGGAGGAACAGAGGCGACUGUUCAAGGAAGACGAGCGCGAGGAACGGGAACUCCGCAUGUACACGGCCUGCUCGCUUGCCGCCGAGCUGAACAAUCUCUUGCCAUCCAACCGCCCGACUGGCCGACCGGACGAAGUGAAGGUGCCCCAGUCCGCGGAGCCCCAGGCUGCUUGGAACAACAACCGUCAAAGGUCGGGCCAUUCCGGUCCUGAUAGAUCACAGGGCGACCGAUAG